UUAUUGUUUUGCUCGAAUAGUUUGACUUGGAUUUGGCCUUAACAAUUUAUGCUCUAUAUAAACUUGGUAGAAGAACCAUAAUAGGCUCACAGCCAUUCUGCAUUCUUAGUUCACAUAUAUUUCUCUAGCUCUUGCGUUUGUGUUUCAUUUUCCAAAAAUGGCCGAGGCGCUCAUCAACCUGCUUCUGGAACAGUUGGUUACAGUUGCUUUUGACCACACAAAAGAAGCUGUGACACUGGUCUUCAACGCUAGGACAGAGGUCGAAAAAUUCAGCAGCAAUCUCGAAGCAAUUCAAGCCGUGCUGAAGGAUGCUGAGAAGCAGCAAGUGGAGAAGGCCAGCGUGAGGAUCUGGUUGGAUCGGCUGAAUGAUGUCUCUUACGAGAUGGUUGACGUGGUAGAUGAGUGGAACACUGAAAUUCUGAAACAAAAGGCAAAGGGAGUUGCUUCUGAGAAAAAGAAAACCUUCAAGAAGGUAUGUUUCUCCAUUCCCUCGAAUUGCUUUUGUUUUGGCCAAGUCAAUAAGGCAAGUCAUCUUUAUAAAAUAGCAACUGAGAUAAAAGAGUUGAAUGAAAAGUUGACUUCGAUUGCUGCUCAGAAAAAAGAUUUUCAGUUUCAUGAAUCCUCAAUUAGAAUUGUUGAACAAGUUAAUCAACGGCUGGAAACUUCAUCAUUUGUUGAUAUUUCUAAAAUAUUGGGCAGAGAUGAAGCAAGAGUUGAUUUAUUAAACAAGUUAUUGAGUGAUAGUAGUGAAGAAGGUGAAAGGGUCCUUGUCAUACCUAUUGUGGGUAUGGGAGGGAUGGGGAAAACAACUCUUGCCCAAUUAGCCUACAACAAUGAAAAUGUAAAAACCUAUUUUGAAAAGAGAAUAUGGGUUUGUGUCUCAGAUCCUUUUGAUGAGGUGAAGAUUGCCAAAGCCAUUAUUAGUGGUACUGGUAAUGAAGCCCCAAAUUCAACCGUGUUGCAAGAGGUCUUGCAGCAUAUGUCUGAAUCUCUUGAGGAGAAGAAGUUCCUCAUUGUCUUAGAUGAUGUGUGGACUGAAGAAGAAACAAAGUGGGACAAUUUACAGUUAUCAGUGAUGAUGCAAAGUAAUUGUGCAAAAGGUAGCAGAAUAUUGGUGACCACGCGAAAGAAGGGGGUUGCUGAAAUGAUGAAAGCAGAAGCUCACAUGAUCCAAAUAGAGAAGUUGAGUGGUAAAACCAGUUUUGAGUUGUUCAGUAGCAUUGCAUUUUCGAAUAGGAAAGAAGACAAGGCUAAUGGAUUUGGAGUUAUAGGUGAGAAAAUUGUAGAAAAGUGUGACGGCUUGCCACUUGCUAUCAAAUGUUUAGGUACACUCAUGCACAGAAAAAAAACAAUAGGAGAGUGGCAAAAUGUUUUGGAUAGUAAGAUAUGGGAUCAAAGAGCGGUUAAGCAAGAAGUUUUUCGACCACUUCUACUAAGUUAUUAUGAGUUGGACCCUAUAGUUAAGCGAUGUCUUUUAUACUGUGCUACAUUUCCAAAAGAUUAUCGGUUUAACAAACACAAUUUGAUUGAUUUGUGGAUGUCACAAGAUUAUCUUAGUGUGAAGGAAUAUAAAGAAAAGGAAGAAACGGGUGAAUAUGUUUUUGAUACCUUAGUAAUGCAAUCAUUUUUCCAGGAUGUUGAGGAAGAAGUUGUUUUUUGGGAUAAGAGCAUUACUAUAUUCUGCAAAAUGCAUGAUAUUGUGCAUGACUUUAUGCAGUUCCUCAAUAAGAAUGAAUGCUUUACAAUGGAGGCUAAAGAAGCAAACACAAGAAUGAUGGUAAUAAGUGAGGAGGUCCGUCAUUUGAGCUUAAUGUAUGCACCCUAUAGUUCUCCACUUCUGGAUUUUAUUCCCCCAGUGAAUUGCAAAAAGUUGCGUACUCUAGCAACUUUUGAUUCAAGAAUGAGCAGCAUAGAUAUAAAAGCAAUUUCACAACUGAAAUGUCUGAGGACAUUAAAUCUGAGCGACAACGGCAUUGAAGAACUUCCAGAAGAGAUUGGUGAAUUGAUACACUUGAGGUAUCUCGACUUGUCUGACAAUAGUUGGUUGCAGAAACUACCAGACAGUUUGGGCAAUUUAUACAAUUUGCAAACCUUGUGUCUUACUGACUGCGACAGGCUUGAAAAACUGCCUGAAAAUACGGGGAACUUGAUUAAUCUAAGACAUCUUCAUACCAAGCGUUGUGAUGAGCUGGAGUAUUUGCCGAGAGGUAUCGGGAGAUUAACAAGUCUGCAAACGCUAGACACGUGUCCUGUUAAUCAUGAUAGUGGCCCCAGUGAAGGCUUGAAAUUAGGAGAUCUGGGAAGCUUGGACCAGCUUCAGGGUACUCUCGUCAUUAAGAUCAAGGGGAAUCUAAAGGAUACUGCGAGUGAGGCGCAGGAGGCUCGCUUGUGGAAUAAAAAAAAGCUUUGUUUUUUGGGGCUAUUAUUGUUUCCAACUUUGGACAAGCAGAGCCAUGUACAAGUCCUGGAGGCGUUACGGCCGCAUCAAGAUCUGGAAAAAUUAGUGAUUCUUGGGUAUGGUGGCACCACGGAGCCCAGUUGGAUGAUAUCCUUACAGAAUUUGAGAACCCUUUCUCUUCGUACUUGGGAUGGAUGUGAAUUUUUGCCUCCUCUUGGGAAAUUGCCCUUCCUUGAAAAACUAUAUGUCGAAGGAAUGGAGAAAGUGAAGACGGUUGGAGAUGAAUUCUUGGGAAAAACGGGCACUCAAACAUCCUCUGUUUUAUUCCCAAAAUUGAAAAAACUCCGUUUCGAGGAAAUGGGUGAGUGGGAACAGUGGGAAGGAGUUGGAGGGCGGACAGAAAGCAGUGGUGCGGAAAUUUCAAUUAUGCCAUGCCUUGUCAAGUUCACAAUUGAGAACUGCCCUAAAUUGAUGAACCUGCCACUCUUCCUAAAAAACACACCGGUCAGAAAAAUUCGCAUCAAUACAUGUCGUCGGAGUAUUGUAACACCUGAUUGGCCCGACAACUGUGACGUCUUCAUUUAUAGAGCGCUCGAGGAUCCAGAAAUACCAAAUAUUACUGAGAGCAGGGUUGAAACAGAAAUACAGAUAGACUCACAGAGUGAUGAGGAGAUCACCAUGUCACCUAUUGAAACAGAGAUACAGAUACUCACGGAGUGAUGAGGAGAUCACCAUGUCACCUGAAACUGCAAAGCUUAAAGACUGCUGGAAUUAUGUUCUGAGAGGGGGUUGGAUUGCUCUUCCACAGAAAGCAGCUGCAUGUCCUUGAAGAUUUGCCAAGAGUUACAGAUUAAGAUGAUGCCUCAACUAUCUCAAGUCUAACAUGAAACGUGGACAGAGUUUUCUUAUAUGGAGAUGGAGUUACAGAUUCAAAUGCAACCUCUUCACUAGCAUUAGAAUGCAUGUGGACACAGCAGAGUGCAGGCAGUCAUUUAUAGCUCCUGAAUUCCUCAAAAGGACUGAUAAUGAUGUCAAUAACUAUAGAACAAUAAGCUGAAGAAGAAGCACAGUUUGGGCAGACUUCCUCAACAUUCAGUCAUCAUGUCAUCUCUUCUUCGUCAACCCUCAAUCCGGCUCAAGCGAUGGCUUUACAUUUCUGGUUCUAUUUGUUCAAGUUAC